CUGGUUAUUAAUUAAGAAAUCCCCUUUAAAAACCCUAGCAAAAUCCUUCGUUGACAAACAUUCUCUUCUCUUCUCUGUUAAAAUCCUCUCCGCAAACCCUGAAAUCUCUAACUUCCAUCCAUGGAUACUCCUCAAAGUGGUAAUGAACCAGUCAGUUACAUCUGUGGAGAUUGUGGGAUGGAGAACACACUGAAGCCGGGAGAUGUGAUUCAGUGUAGGGAGUGUGGUUAUCGCAUCCUUUACAAGAAGCGAACCAAACGAAUUGUGCAGUACGAAGCUCGCUAAAAACGAAGGGAUUGCAACAAAUUGGUCAUGGAUAUUAAAGACUGUCUAAUGGUUUUAGAUAUUAAACUGAAAACUAUAAUUGUAGUAAUCUAAUGGGUUGUUUGGAGAACUGCGCUGUUUUAAUAUUAGUGUUUGUUAAGUAAUACUCUGCUGCAUCGCACUUGUAAUAUGAUCUGAACCUAACCGCAGGCUGAUCAGUACCAUUGUGCAACUUGUUUCAGUGCUUCUUUAUUGAAUCUAGAACUUACUGAUA